AGGUCGCUGGAGUAAAAUAGAAAUUGGCGACCACGAAAGCACGAAGGAUUUUUCAGUUUCACAAACCCAUCUAUUUUCCUCUCACUUUCUCCGUUCCCAAACACAAACAGCAAAAUGGUGGGAACAACAACCUUCAAUGUGUCACCGUCCUCUUCUAUCUUCAGGCGUACUUCAUCGUUGCUGAAACUCCCAUCACGCCCGUCCGUCCUCCCAAUGCGUUUUCUUCCUAAAACACCUUCUCGCCCCAGAAUUUACAGGAUUUGCGCUCUGUCCAGUAACGAUAUCAAGGUGGGUACCAACAUUGAGGUCGAUGGAGCUCCUUGGCGAGUUUUAGAGUUUCUUCACGUGAAACCAGGAAAGGGGGCGGCAUUUGUGAGGACAAAACUUCGCAAUUACAUAACAGGGAACACAGUUGAGAAAACCUUUCGAGCUGGAAGUACGAUUGAUGAGGCAGAUGUUUUUAAGGAAUCUAAGCAGUUUACAUACAAAGAUGGUUCUCAGUUUGUCUUCAUGGACCUGAGUACAUUUGAAGAAACUCGUCUUAAUGAAUCAGAUGUUGGGGACAAGACAAAGUGGCUGAAAGAGGGGAUGGACUGCAAUUUGCUAUCUUGGAAAGGAAAGAUUAUUGAUUUAGAACUUCCCAUCACAGUUCAGCUUACAGUGGUUGAUGUUGAUCCAGGCGUAAAAGGUGACACUGCUUCAGGUGGUGGAUCCAAACCAGCAACUGUUGACACUGGCGCAGUUGUCAGUGUUCCACUUUUUGUUAAUGUAGGUGACGAGAUUUUGGUGGACUCAAGAACCGGGCAAUAUAUGAGCCGCGCUUGAGUGUUUGCUUGGAGAACUCUUACCAUCAACAAAGUCUUCAAAAGAUGUUCUUAUUUUGUUAAUGAUUUCGUAAUGGUCAAAAUUGUGUAUUCAUUUGAAGAUUCUUGUAGCCACGGACCCUUUGUUUUCAAUGGUUAGAACCCAGAAACCACGAGGCUAACAUAGCUACGUGCAAUUAGAAACAGUCUUCCGAAGUCAGAAUUGCAUCCAAAUUCAUUAGGGGUGGAUCUCAAUCCUGCAAUGGAAUGUAUGUCAUAUAUGGUCACCUACAAAACAUGGACCCUGGCAAGUGGAGGAGGGUUUAAUAUUAGAGAGACUCUUCCAAUCUAAGGUACCUGUUUUAAA